AUGGUUCCUUGGAUCGGGGCGCUGCUCGGGGCGCUGCUGGGGCUGCUGCUGUCGCUGCGCGCCGGAGCGGCGGACGCGAAAGCGCGGAGCUGCGGCGAGGUGAGGGAGGCGUACAAAGCCAAAGGAUUCAGCCUGCUCAACAUCCCUUAUCAGGAGAUCGCAG